CGUUGUUGUAAAUACGAACUGAAAUAUUUUUUUAAACUCAAUUCAAUUUUAAAUAACGAAGAACUUGACAAUGCCGAAAACUCCGAUUCCAUUAAUUAAUAAUCAACCAAGUGUCUAUCUUACAAAAAAGGAAUGUAUUGAAGCAGGAUUGCCUUUGAAAGCCAGUGUCGUUCCAAAGUCUCCUGUUAAGAAAAGUCUAAUCGUUCCUGAUGAUUCCGGAGCAGAGAGUGUUUCAUUCAUCGAACCCUCAGAAAGUAAUUUAAGUAUAGUUUAUGAUCCAACUUGCGGCAAAACCUAUUUCAACCAAUGUUUCUACGACGUCAAGACAAUCGGACAAGGUUCCUUUGGCGUUGUAUAUCGUGUUAGGUUUCGUGAAGAUGGUCAAUUGUACGCCAUCAAGAAAUCCAAAUCUAAGUUUUACGGCAAAAACGAUAAACGAUUGAAAUUAGAAGAAGUGCGAAAACAUGAAAUGAUACCGAAACAUCCAAACUGUGUGCAGCUGUAUAGAUCUUGGGUUGAGGAUGGGUUUUUAUAUUUACAAUUGGAGCUUUGUAACACCUCACUAGAGCAUUUUGCAUCCCGAAAUCAUAAUAUUUCCGAGGAAAUGUUAUGGAACAUUUUAGCUGACAUGUUAUCGGCGGUGAAAAACCUCCAUGACAAUAAUUUAAUUCAUUUGGACAUCAAAUUAGAAAAUAUAUUAAUGUGCUCUGAUGGAACAUGCAAGCUUGCUGAUUUUGGAUUGGUUUCAGACGUAAAUAUGAUCAAACCUGACACCGUUGAGGGAGACCAAAAGUAUUUGGCUCCCGAACUUUUAAGUGGUCAUUUUACCAAAGCUGCUGACAUAUUUAGUCUUGGUAUUGUUAUGUUAGAAUUAUCGUGCGAUUUACUCCUGCCAUCAAAUGGGGAUUUAUGGCAAGAACUUAGGAAUGACAAAUUCCCGGAAACAACUAAAAACGUACCAAAGGAACUUAUGGGAAUUAUUAAAAAAAUGAUGGCAAGUAACUAUCUUAAUCGACCAACGGUCGAUGACUUACUGAAUUUGGAAAGGAUUAAGGAUUCAAAAACUAAACGACGAGAGGUGAUCGAUUUAUGUGACACAUGCGGGUCUACGUCGGGAACAAGUCAACAUUCCACCGAUUUCAUAAACCGGGACAUCAUAAAUUUAUGUGACACAUGCGAGUCUACGUCGGAUACAAAUCAACAUUCCACCGAUGUCAUAAACGUGGAAAUUAGCGACGACAUAUCCAAUGACAUUCAAAUUCCUAGCUCGUCAGGAAUAGAGGAGAUGGUGGCGUGUACGUCAACUCCAGCCGGUAUUGGACAUUCAAGUACAUUGAGUAUCAACAUUAAUUUCUCACCUAUAACAAGCGAUGCAGAUGUACAAGCACACCCUUGGGAUCGCCAAGUUACUCGAAGGAAGAAGACACAAGAUAAAAAAGAGUUCGUGAUUACAACAACUCCAAAGAGUGUUUACAAUAAAACACGUCUUUAUACGACGGCUCUUGGAAGAAGACGUCUGUUUUAAGAAUUUUUUUUACAGGUUUUUUUACACAGUUAUAGUCAAAACCGGAUAUACCUGCUUUGAAAGAAUCGUAGAAAUCUGGUCUUUACAUCCGAUGAUAGAGUUCGUUCAAACCAAAGAGGCAUCAAGCAAGAUAGUUUGUAUGAUGUAUAUGUAUGUGUUCAUAUUAACAAUAUUCAUAUUCUCUCUCUUGUUUAGUGCCCCAUUGGUUUAAACAAACUCCAAGCGAUUGUUUUAUCUACAUGGAAUAAUAAUUAUCUUACAGAAUCAAUUUUAUGUCUCUAAACAAGUUGUAACACCAAAAGUUGUCUUUUGUAGACAUUAUCUUAUUAACCAGUUAGUGGCCAAUUUGCGGCGUUUUAUCAAAGACCGCAUCGAAACCACCUACAAGAUGCAGAUAUUAUUGGCGCUGGCGUUAAAAAGUCUUGACCGGGUCGAUGUGUGUACCGGUAUCAAGCUGUUUAAAUCGCAUCGUGCCUCGUCCUAUCAGUGGUCAAAUAAUACUGGCCAAUCCAUCUGACUGUUCGUAGAACAUCCGCUCUGAUUCGUUUGGCGUUAUACCAAUGUCGCCUGAUGGCGCUGUAGUACCCUGUGAUAUGGCAGGGUAUGACUUAGUAUAUUUGUUUCACGAAAAAGGGUGAAUUUAGUAAAAAAGCUACCAACUUAACCCAUAGUGACAUAAUAAUUACUGAUGAUUAAUUCCUACCAAAAUUGAUUGCGUUGCAUACUAUAAACGAUAUAAUCGGUUUUGACUGUAAUAGAAUUUAUAUAUAAUAAAAGGUAAAUAUAUUAUAUACAGGGUGAGCCAUUUUAAUCUAAGCAUCUGAAUAUCGCGUCAGAGGGUCUACCUAUUAAAAAAUGACCUGAACAAAAAUUGUAUAGUUUGAUGGGAACAUCAUGUUCUGACAGAUUUGAUCUACUUCUUCGAAUUUCUUUAAUAGCCAAUUUAGAUCCUAAACGGUAAAAGA